AAUAAUAAUAUGUAACAGUCGUGCGCAUGCACGCUGUUUGACUCCAUGGAUGUGGCAGAUUCAGCUCCUGGUUGACUCGCACGUGAUGACUUGAAUACAGUUGCAUGUAUCCCCUCGACAAUGGCACACCAUGAUUUGAAGGAAUCAAGGACCUUUAAUUCUUCAUAUUGAUGUGCUUGUGUCCUGUUCCCGCAUUUCCCUGAGUCUAAUCAUAGCCCACAUUUGCCACGUACUAACGUGUUGGCAGUUAUACCGUGUAUGCACGUCAAGGGAGUGGGGCUUUCAAAACCAACGACGAACGACGAUGGGCCACGUCUUCUCGACGAGCCGCGACUCGUUCAACUCUCUGCGAUCGACGGGGCGCCAGAGUAGCAGCGCCCGGUCCGCCAUGUCGUCGCGGUUCACGAGCCAAAAGUCGACUCGGAACAUUUCCAUUCGCGAGGCGCGACCCACCAUAGCCGGCGACGGCAUGAAACCAGCGCCAGCCGUGUGCCAGCCCAGCCUCAUCCCGACGUCCCCGUCCGAGCCCCCCGCUGACUCGACCUCCCCCCUCGUGCAGAUCAGUGUGGACAUUCGACGGCACUCGAUAACUGGCCAUGGCGCGUUCAGAGGCGACACGUACGAAUUUCUUCUCCGCCAGCUCCAGCCCAAGCUCGCCCUGGCCGUCCACUGCAUCCACUCCUACGUGGACGACAAGGUGAGCGACCAACCGCACCUGUUUGUCGCCCCCGACUACGUCGACUACGUGUGCCACCGGGCGUGGCCGGUUCCGUUAAACCGAUUGGCCAACGUACUGUGGACUGUCAUGACGGACAUGCCGUCGCACGCCGUUCGAAAGACAAAGGUGCUCGACACAAAAGGACACGACAUUUCGUACGUGGAAGUGCGCAUUGAAAGCGGCCACCGACGGAAUGUUCCCGUGGUUGUAAACGUCUUGUACCAGCGCAAAGUCUCGGCCGAUGGCGUGACGAUCGUGUAUCGAACCAUCAACGAAGACGACCAGUUCCCAGUGCCGGUGCAAACGGUGCACGUUGGACUCAGUGGGUGGUACGUCGUGACAACGGUGACAAUAUCGUGGUGACAAUGAACAGGAUGGUGUUGAAGCGCGGUGACGACAAUGAUGCCACGUGUGUCGAGCAAACGUUUGUGCGGUUCCGACUCCCCAACGUCAUCGGGCUCAACCGAAACCAAUGGCUGGCAGGCAUCAUGCAAAAAUGGUUUCGAGCUGAAGCCACCACGCUCAAAAUUCAGCUCCAACUCGAUGUCUAGCGCAGGAAUAUAUUAUAAACUAGUUCAUGGAGAGACUUUGCCACCGAUGAACGAACAGUAAGUACGUACAUUGUUGCCCUCUGUUGUACCGUGCGUUUG